AUGUGUGAGAAGUUCAAGAUCAGUCAUCGAACCUCUACAGCAUACAGGCCACAGAUAAACGAGGCUGUUGAGGCAGCAAACAAAGACAACAAAAGGAUAUUGCGCAAGAUAAUUGAUAACCACAAACACUUGCAGAAUCUACCUUUCGCAUUGAUGGGGUAUCGUACAACAAUCAGAACUUCAACAGAGGCCACACCUUACUUCUUAGUAUACGACACUGAAGCUGUGGUACUCGCCGAAGUAGAGAUACCUUCCCUAAGGAUCAUCCAAGAAGCAAAGCUGAGUGACGCUGACUUGAUACAAGGUCGGGCAGAGAAUUUUGCAUUAAUAGAUGGAAGAAGAAUUAACGCUAUUUGUCAUGGUGAGCUCUAUCAGAAUAGAAUGGCCAGAGCUUUCAACAAGAAGGUUAAACCCAGACAUUUCUCACCAGGGCAACUAAUUUUGAAGCGGAUUUUCCCAAAUAAAGACGAAGCAAAGGGUAAAUUUUCACCAAACAGGCAAGGUCCGUACAUAGUCUCUCGAGUACUGACAGGCAAGGCCCUCAUACUUGCAGAAAUGGAUGGAGAAGUUUGUCCAAAACCUAUCAAUUCAGAUUCUGUGAAAAAAUAUUACAUCUAG